UAGUUUGUGCGCUUCGGCUGGUGGCUCUCUUUCUUUAGCCGCCUACAUUGUGGCUGCCAGCCCGAGCCAUGGGCUGCCGGGCUCUCCUGCUCCUGUCUUUCAUAUCACUCGGGGCAGCCACAACCAUCCGGCCUAGGCUAAAGACCCUCGGCAGCCCGGACUUGUCAACCACUCCCAUACCCGACCCUGCUGUAACCAGUAACUACUCAGUUCUUUACUUCCAACAGAAGGUUGACCACUUUGGGUUUUCUGACACAAGAACUUUUAAACAGCGGUACCUAGUUGCUGAUAAAUACUGGCAUAAAGAUGGUGGAUCAAUACUUUUCUACACUGGUAACGAAGGGGACAUUGUAUGGUUUUGCAAUAAUACGGGGUUCAUGUGGGAAGUGGCUGAGGAGCUGAAAGCUAUGCUGGUGUUUGCUGAGCAUCGAUACUACGGGGAGUCCCUUCCCUUUGGUCAGGACUCCUUCAAGGAUUCCCAACACUUGAAUUUCCUGACAUCAGAGCAGGCUCUGGCUGAUUUUGCAGAGUUAAUCAGACACUUGAAAAAAACAAUCCCCGGAGCUAAAGAUCAACCUGUCAUCGCCAUUGGGGGCUCUUAUGGCGGCAUGCUUGCAGCCUGGUUCAGGAUGAAAUAUCCUCACGUAGUAGUUGGAGCUCUUGCAGCUUCUGCCCCUAUCUGGCAGCUUGAUGGUAUGGCUCCCUGUGGUGAGUUUAUGAAGAUUGUAACUAAAGAUUUCAGGAAAAGUGGUCCAUAUUGUUCAGAAAGUAUCCGCAAAUCCUGGAAUGUCAUUAACCAACUCUCAAGUACGGGGAGUGGUCUCCAGUGGCUUACAAAUGCUCUUCACCUGUGUAGCCCGUUGACUUCUGAGAAAAUCCCAACUUUAAAAGGAUGGAUAGCUGAGACCUGGGUGAACCUGGCCAUGGUGAACUACCCUUAUGCAUGCAACUUUUUGCAGCCUUUGCCUGCUUGGCCCAUCAAGGAGGUGUGCCAAUAUUUGAAAAAUCCUAAUGUAUCUGAUACAGUGCUGCUGCAGAAUAUUUUCCAAGCUCUGAAUGUAUAUUAUAAUUAUUCAGGGCAAGCAGGCUGCCUGAAUAUUUCACAAACAACUACAAGCAAUCUAGGCUCUGUGGGCUGGAGCUAUCAGGCCUGCACAGAAAUGAUCAUGCCCUUUUGUACUAAUGGUGUUGAUGACAUGUUUGAACCCUUUCUGUGGGACUUGGAGACAUAUUCCAAUGACUGCUUUAACCAGUGGGGAGUGAAACCCCGGCCUCAUUGGAUGACUACCAUGUAUGGUGGCAAAAACAUCAAUUCACACUCAAACAUCGUUUUCAGCAAUGGUGACUUAGACCCGUGGUCAGGAGGUGGAGUAACCAAAGACAUCUCAGACACCCUGGUGGCUAUCAACAUCCCUGAGGGGGCCCAUCACUUAGAUCUUCGAUCCCACACUGCCUUUGAUCCUUCCUCUGUGCUGUUAUCUCGCUUAUUGGAAGUUAAACACAUGAAGAAGUGGAUUGCAGAUUUCUAUACCAAUGCCAACUGAGCAACUUUUUAAAAAAUUUGUUUUCUUCUUUUAUGUCCCCUCCACCCACAUUCAUUUUUAUUAUUUUUUAUAUGUAACUACUUUCUCUCAUUUGUCAUUAUAUUUGUUGGGCCAAGGUUGAGACACAAGAGAGUGACGGGUGGGCACAGCCAUCCCACCAAGGUGACUACUCCAGCCUCAUGUCUUUGUGUCAUCAUGGCAGCUCGCAGGCCAUCAGAACUGGCAUGGUUCCUCACUGCCUUUCAGCAGAGGGAGAGCCCUCCUCUCAGCAGCCAGGAGGUCUCCUUGGUUCUGAGGCUGAAGUCUCUCUGGCCCAUUGUGAGUCCCCAUUCCUGCCACAAAAGGGAAAGCAGAAGCUGGAUUCAAGUCGCUGCAGCUGGUAGAAUGCGGGAUGCCAGUCCAGGAAACCGGGCUGCUUCCUAUGAGCUCAGUGAGUGACUCUGAACUGGGCUGCAAUGAAGAACAAGGGCGAGACCUACCUGUGUGUUGCUCCAGUCUCCUCCAGCUGUUGGGAGGUCGUGUGCCUGGGCUGGCUGCUUUUGGAAAGUCCUUUCUUUAUCUCUUCCCCACUUGGCAGCUCUCCUUAGUUCUGGGAUAUUUGCCACCGUGGUACUGCCAGGAAGGAAUCUGGCCUUCUCCGGCUCUCUUUGUUUCCAAGGUCAAUUUUGUGGUGAUCUGGCUAAAUUCUGCCAAUUUAGGAAAAGUGCUGUUUUUUUUUACUUUAAAACUGAACAAAUUCUGUUAAUAAAAAAAAAUCUUUAAAAAUUCACAAAAA